AUGAUUAUUCUCGUAUUACUGAUUCUCGGCAUCGAUGCCUUACUGCAGUGGAUUUGGGACUUGGUGUAUGCCAAGCGUCAUGUUUUCCUCAUGUCACCCCACUGGAGCGUUUGCGCGGCUUUCUCCGCUCAUAUCAUCUUCUCUGCACCCUUCAUGAUCCUGGAUCUCCUGAGCCCACACGUGCGAUGGCUUCAGGAGUACAGGAUCAGCCGUCAAGUCGCUGCUGUCCAUCAGUGGUUUCAAUGUGCAGCGCGAAUUUUAUGGAAAUACGCGGUUGGGGUUUUGCCGCUGACUUCACUGUUUCUGUUUGUGCGGAAUACUCAUUUCCCAGAAAAGGCACCGUCAUUUUUCCUUGCCUUGAAGGAAUGUGUUUUCAGUUUACUCGUGUUUGAUACGUUAUUUUUCAUGUUUCAUUACAUCAUUCACAAAAUUCCUUGGCUAUACCACAGAGUCCAUCGUAUUCACCACCUCAGCAGGGACACAUUUGCACUGGCAGCUCAAGACUCAAGUAUAUCUGAACUGCUGUCUCUUCAAGUCCUUGCCUUUAUUAGUACCAUGUUGGUGGGCUGCCAUCCUUUAAGUGAAAUCCUCUUCCAUGUGUUUAACACCUGGAUGGCUGUGGAGGACCACUGCGCCUAUGACUUUCCCUGGGCGCUGCAUCGGCUGCUGCCAUGCUUUGGUGGGGCUCCGUAUCACUUGGCCCACCAUCAGCAGUUUAAAGGCAACUUUGCCCCUUACUUUAGACACUGGGACUGCAUCUUUGGGACCUCAUUACAGACUCCAAGACAUAAAUGA